GCGUUUGUUUCUACUUAAAUUUAAUUGAAUGGACCGAACUGGAAUGCAUAAUUUCAAGUUUCCUUCUCAAUUUACUCAAAGAAAGAAAUAUAUUUUUCACACACACAAUUAAUAAUGUUAAUUAUUCAUUUUUUUCAGCCUCUGCAGGCGGGGCACAGAUGAGGGUCUCUCAUCUUUGAAUGUUUUUCUUUCGAUUUUGAUUUCAAGGCGUAUAGAUGUUGAAAUGGCGUCAGAUUCAGUGUGUGAUCUGAGGAUUGUGCUGAUAGGAAAGAAUGGAUCAAAAAACAGCCGAGUGGGGAACACUUUACUGGGAACAGAAGCGUUUCACAGUGGAGCUGGGUCUUAUUCACAGCAGCACAGUGUGAGAAUCAGUGGAGAGGUGGAGGAGAGACACAUCACAGUUAUAAACACUCCUCUCCUGCUCCAGAAGAAUCUCUCACACCAUCAGAUAACAGAGGCAGUGAGGGAGUGUGUGUCUAUGUCUGCUCCAGGACCUCAUGUGAUCAUACUCGUACUGCAGUAUAAUGACUUCAAUGAGAACAACAGACACAGAGUGAAAUAUCUGCUGAACCUCUUCAGUAAACAGGCCAUGAAACACACUAUAGUUCUGACAACUGAUGAAGAGCCACGCGGAUUCAUGUCUUAUGUGAUCACAAAUAAUGCUUUUCAUGAUUUAAUAAAGGAGUGUGGAGGAGGACAUCUACAGUUUGAUACAGUAAACACAAGAUGGCGCUCUGAGCUGAUCAGAAGAACAGAAGAGAUACUCAAGAAAGAACAAGAAGAAUUUCUCCUCUGUAACAUGUAUGAAGAUGGAGGUGAUGGAUCUUCAGUGGAUGGAGAUCUGAGCAGAUCUGGAGCUUCAGACAGAGAAGAUGAAGAGAAGAAGGAUUCUGAUCUUAAAGAGAGCACAAAAACAGCAUGUGAUGGAAGAGUGACGACUGGAAAAACAAAGCUGAACAUCGUGCUGUGUGGAAAUAAUUCAACACUCAAGAACUCAGUGUCUAGAAUAUUUAGAGGGACAAUUAAUAAACCAAUGAAUAAACUUCUCCAUCAGAAAGAGAUGAGAAAUGUGUGUGUGAAGAAAGAGGGGAAGAUUCAUGGACGGCUGAUCAGUGUAAUAAAGCUUCCAGUUCUCACUCGUCUCUCAGAAGAGGAAGUGAUGCGGGAGACUCAGAGCUGUGUGUCUCUCUGUGAUCCUGGAGUUCAUCAUUUCAUCCUCGUUACUCCUGUCACUCCACUUACUGAUGAAGACAGAGCAGAAAUGGAGAAGAUCAAAAAGAUAUUUAACUCACAGGAGCACUUCAUGGUGCUUUUCUUUACUGAAUUCACUGUGGAGAAAAGUGUGACUGAUUUUGUAGCGUCCACAGAAUCUCAGAGUGUUGUGAGUCUCUAUGGGAGCUGGCACAGUGUGAUGGGGUUAAAGGACCAGAGAAACCCAGAACAGAUCUUAAAGAUGCUAGACGUUAUCGUCGAGAUGAAGACCAAACCCUAUUCUCUUCGGAUGUAUAUGAGAGCUCCAGAGAGGAGAGUCAGACAUGAACUAGAGGAGAAACUGAGAGUGAGAGACAAUGAAAUCAGAGAGUUACAGGAAAAGAUCAAGACACUGGAUCCAGAGGGUGUGAAGCUGAAUCUGCUUGUGUGUGGGAGUAACAGAGAAUUAAAAUCCUUCAUAUCAAACCUGAUCCUGAAGCAGAGCGAGAGAAGAUCAGAGCUGAGCUCAGAGUGUGUGAGGAGAGACGUGGAGCUUGAUGGACGUCUGAUCAGUCUGGUGGAGCUUCCAGCUCUGUUCAACACUGAGCUCUCAGAGGAGGAAGUGAUGCGUCAGACUCACCGCUGUGUGUCUCUCUGUCAUCCUGGAGUUCAUGUGUUCAUCCUCAUCAUUCCUGAUGCUCCACUUAAUAAUGAAGACAGAGCAGAAAUAGAGGAGAUCCAGAAGAUCUUCAGCUCAAGAGUCAACAAACACAUCAUGAUCCUCAUAAAGCAGAAAUCAGAGCAUCAGACAGAAGAACUCAAUGAAGAAACACAGUCUGUCAUUGAGAGAUUUGGAGGACGACAUCAUUUCAUCGACCUGAACACACAAGUGUCUGAGUUGAUGGAGAAACUGGAGCAGAUGGUUGAGGAAAAUAGUGGUGUGUGUUUCUCCACAGAGACAUUGAUGGAGACACAGAUGGAGAAACUGCAGAAAUUAGAAGAAAUGAAGAAGAGAGUCCAUUCAUUAGAGACGUGGUUUCAGUCACAAGAUUCAAGAGAAAGAGAAGAUGAACUGAGGAUUGUGCUGCUUGGAAAAACUGGAGCUGGGAAAAGUUCAACUGGAAACACCAUCUUAGACAGAGGAGCUUUUACAUCAGACUUGUCUGAAGAGUCUGUAACUAAAGUGUGUCAGAAAGAAAAAGCUGAAAUCAAUGACAGACACAUCACUGUGAUCGACACUCCAGGACUGUUUGAUACUGAACUCAGUAAUGAAGAAUCCCAGAGAGAAAUCAGCAACUGCAUCUCCAUGAUCCUGCCUGGACCACAUGUGUUUCUCUUACUGAUUCCACUCGGACGAUUCACUGAAGAAGAGAAAACAGCAGUGAAGAUCAUCCAAAAGAUGUUUGGAGAAAACUCUUUAAAGUACACCAUUGUGCUGUUUACCAAUGGAGACAAACUGAAGAACAAAACCAUCAAACAGUUUCUGGGAAAAGCUGGAUCUGCUUUAAAUGAACUGAUUGAAGCGUGUGGAAACAGAUUCCAUGUGUUCAAUAAUGAGACUAGAGACAGAACACAGGUGACUGAUCUACUGCAGAAGAUAGACAACAUGGUGAAAACAAACGGAGAGAGUUACUACUCAUGUAAGAUGUUCAGAGAGAUGGAGAGAGAAAUACAAGAACAACAGAAGAACAUACUGAUGGAGGAAGUGGAGAAAGUGAACAGAGAAAAGGAAGAAGUGAUGAACAAACAUAAAGAAGAGAAAAAGAAGAUGAAGCUGAAGAUGGAGGAAGAACAACAGAAUCACGAAAAAGAGAGAAAGAGAAGAGAAGAAGAAUUUAUUGAGAGAGAAGAACGAUAUAAAAAAGACAUUAAAGAAAGAGAAGAACAAGAGAGAAAGAUACGAGAGGAACUGAAGAAAGAACGAGAGGAAUGGGAGAAACAGAAACAACAGGAAAGUCAAAGAAGAGAAGAAGAGGAGGAGAAACGGAGAAAGAGAGAACAGGAAAUGACAGAUGAAUAUGAUCAGAGACUUAAAAAAGAGAAAGAGAGAAGUCAGAGAGAGAGAGAAGAUCUUCAGUUCAAACAUGAUGAAGAGAUGAAGAGAAUAAAGUUAUUGAUGGAGGAAGAAAAACAGAGGCGUGACAAAGAAGAAAAGAGAAGAGAAGAAGAUUUUAUUGAGAGAGAAAAGCAAUAUAAAAGAGACAUUAAAGAAAGAGAAGAACAAGAGAGAAAGAUACGAGAGGAACUGAAGAAAGAACGAGAGGAAAGGGAGAAACAGACACAACAGGAAAGACAAAGAAGAGAAAAAGAGGAGGAGAAAUGGAGAAAUAGUGAAAAGGAAAUGACAGAUGAAUAUAAUAAGAAACUUAAAAAAGAGAAAGAGAGAAUGAAGAUGAUGAUGGAGGAAGAAAGACAGAAUCACGAUCAACUGAGAAAGAGAAGAGAAGAAGAGGAUGAGAGAAGGAGAAAGAUAGAAAAGGAAACAUGGGAUGAAUAUUACGAGAAACUAAAACGAGAGAAAGAAAGAAGACUGAGAGAGAGAGAAGAACUUCAGUUCAAACAUGUAAAAGAGAGAGAGAGAAUGAAGAAGAUGAUGGAGGAAGAAAAACAGAAGCGUGACAAAGAGAGAGAAAGAAUCCAGAAGACAAUGGAGGAAGAAACACAAAGGCGUAACAAAGACAGAAAGAGAAGAGAAGAAGAAUAUAUAGAGAGAGAAGAACAAUAUAAAAGAGACAUCAAAGAAACAGAAGAACAAGAGAGAAAGAUACGAGAGGAACUGAAGAAAGAACGAGAGGAAUGGGAGAAACAGAAACGACAAAAAGAAGAAGAGGAGAAAGAAAGUUUUAGAUUUAAUGAACUUCAUACAGGAACUCCGGAGGCUCAGCACACAAACAAUCAUGAACAUUCAUCAUCAGAUGCAGGAUGUUUGAGAAUCUUGCUGUUUGGGAGGACAGGAAGUGGAAAAUUUGCCACAGGAAACACUAUCCUUGGAAACAAUGUGUUUCACAGUGAAGCCAGUUCACAUUUGGUGACCACUACUUGCACAAAGGUAACUGGUGAAGUUGAUGGUCGAUCAGUAGCUGUUAUUGAUACUCCAGGACUCUUUGACCCCUCACUGACAAAAGAACAAGUGCAGAAAGAAAUAAUGAACUGUAUUUCACUGUCAGCUCCUGGACCUCAUGUGUUUAUUAUUGUGUUGAAAUACGGAAGGUGGUUAACAAUCACUCGAGAGGAGAUACACACUUUAGACAUGAUCAAGAUGAUCUUUGGUCCAAAAGCAGCAGAUUUCUGCAUUGUUCUCUUCACUAGAGGAGAUAAUCUGGCAGGUCAAUCAAUAGAACAAUAUGUAGAGAAAAGUAAAGAUGCUGAACUCAAGAAACUGAUCAAUGAUUGUGGAAACAGAUUCCUGGCUUUCAACAACACAGAAACACAAGAUCAGACACAAGUCACUCAUCUGUUCAAUAUGAUAGAAGAGAUGAAGAAAUCUAAUCAGGGCCGAUAUUUCACUAAUGAGAUGUUUAAGGAGGCAGCGAUCUCCAUUGAACAGAGGAUGAAAAAGAUAGAAGAGAAAGAAAGGAAAAAUCAGACUCAAGUUGAAGAAUUAAAAGCCAAAUAUGAUGUGCAAUUUAAAACCAUGAGAACAAGACUGGAGAAGAAGAAACAAAAGAUAGAUGAGGAAAGAGAGAGACUGAGGAAAAAGUUCACAGAACAAGAGGAAACACUCAGAAGAGAAUUUGAGGAGAAAGAAGAAUCAGAUCAGAAGAAACAAGAGACCGAGGAUCAGAGACGAUCGGAAGAAGAGAAACAGACAAGAGAUGAAUAUAAACAAAGAAUAGAGGAGAUGAAGAGAGAGAACGAAGAACAGAUAAUACAGUAUGAAGAAGAGAUAAAAGAAAAAGAAGAAGAAGAGAGAAAGAUAGAGGAAGAAUAUAAACGAGAUCAAGAAAAUAUGAAAACUGAUCAUGAACAAAUCAUGACAGAGUUAAGAAAAGAACAGGAAAAGGAAAUAAAAGAGAGAGAUUCAGAGGAACAAAUGAUGAAGAAACAAGAAGAGAAAGAGAGAGAAGAAUGGAUGACAAGAAUAAAAGAGGCUGAUAAUGACAAAGAGACUCAAGAGGAAAUUAAACGACAGAUGAGAAAAUGGGAGGAAGAGAAGAAACAACAGAUGAGAGAACGAGAGGAAGAGGAAAGAGAGAGAAAAGAGAGACACAAGGAACAGCUGAGAGAAAAACAAGAAGAACUGGAGAACAAGAGAGAGAAAUCUGAAAGAGAGAGAGAAGAAGAAAAACAGAUGAUAGAAAAGGAGAGAGAGAGACAGAAAACAGAGAGAGAAAAAAGGAAGAGAGAAUAUGAUGAAAUGAUAAAUGAAAUGGAAAGACAUUAUGAGCAGCUGGAGCAAGAGAGAAAAGAAGAGUGGAAGAGAAGAAAACAAAAGGAUGAAGAAAGACGAGUAGAGAAGAGAAAUAGAUGGGAGAAUAUGAUGGAAGAUCUGAAACAAGAGCAAGAAGAGGAGAUCAAGAGAAGAGAGAGAGAGGAGAGAGAAAGAACAGACAGAGAAGAAAAAGAGUGUGAUGAAAUGAAACAGAAACAUGAAGAAGAAAUAGAGAAGAUGAAGAAGAAACAUCAAGAUGAAUCCAGAAAACAAAAAGAAGAACUGAAUGAUUUCAGAGAGAGAAAAGAGCAGCAGGUUCAGGAGCUCAAGGAGAGACUUGAAGAGUUUCAAAAACAACUAAAUGAAGCGAAAAGGUUAAGAGAGGAGCUAGAAGAUAAAGCCAAUAAAGUGAAAAGGUUAGAAAAGGAGCUGAAAGAUAAACGGUCAUGUCAUGUCAUGUGAAGUAUUUCUAAACAUUACUGAUGAGCCAAAUAACCAACGCUGGUCUUCAGUUGUAAAUGUGAAGGGUCCCACUUUAUUUCUCUUUCUCUCUAGUGUAAGUGCGCUACUGUAUCUGUAUCUGUUCACAUCUGCUCCUUACACUUAGGGUGCUUUCACACUUGGUUCACUUGCCUGGUUCGAACCCGAGUUUGAUUGCUCCCUCUCCCCCUGCCCCCGCUGGACUGUGUUCAUAUUAUAAUAAUUUAGGCUGAACCUCAGUUCACUUGCUUCAUCAAGCCAGCAGCUGUUUACCCUUUUGCUUAGUAACGACGGAGAAGGAGAAGGCGGCUAAUGCAUAACAUUACUCUCUGCACUUUUAUAUAUUAACUAGGGCUGUCAAAUGAUUAAAAAAUUUAAUCAAAUUAAUCAGAAUUUUCAGUGGAUUAAUC